AUGGCUGCCGCCGUUUCUCUGGAGCCGCACAUCCGCAGCAUCAUCGAGAAUGCAGCCGCCGAUGGCAUUCCCUUCAGGGCUCGCCCAGCUCACUUCCACACCACAUGGGCGCGUACCUUUUCCUCGUUGCCGGAGCUGUACAUCCAACCCCAGUCGCAGCAAGAAGUUGAGAAAGCGAUCAAGCUAGCUCGAAGGUGCCGGCGGCGCAUUACCACUGUCGGAUGCGGCCAUUCCCCAUCAGACCUGACAUGCACGAGUAAUUGGCUGGUCAACCUCGAUGACUUUAGAAAAGUCUUGUCCGUGGAUAAGAGUACGGGACUCGUGGUCAUGCAAGCCGGCAUCCGGCUAUGGCAGUUGACCGAGGAGUUGAACAAACACGGUCUAUCAUUCCCUGUUCUUGGCAGUGUGAACGAACAGAGCAUUGCUGGUGUGAUUAGCACCGGUACCCGCGGCAGCACCCUGAAAUACGGCUUGCUGUCAGAAGCCAUUUCCUCCUUAAAAAUUACCCUUGCAAGCGGUGAAACGGUAACCUGUUCCCCGGAUGAGAAUCCAGAUCUCUUCCGCGGUGCUCUUCUUUCCCUGGGCGCCCUGGGAAUCAUCACCGAAGUCAGCUUCCGUGCCGUCCCUGCUUUCAGCUUGAAGUGGGCGCAAACCAUUCAGGCCGACUCCAAGAUGCUGGACUCUUGGAACCAGAAUAAUAAACUAUGGACCCAGUCUGACUUUGUACGAGUAUGGUGGCUUCCAUAUACCAGGAGAGCAGUCAUUUGGAAGGCCGAUAUCGUGACCAAGGAGGACCUCGCAUCUGGCAAGGAGAAGAACCGGGAUCCGCCAGUGGGCUACUACGAUGGAUCUCUCGGUUACCACAUUUACCACAAUCUUCUCUACCUGUCCCGUUACAUUCCACGGAUAUUGCCAUGGGUUGAAUGGUUUGUCUUUGGCAUGCAGUAUGGCUUUAAUGAUGGCCACACGACAGAUGCCGUCCAGCCCAUGGACAAAGCUCUGUGGAUGAAUUGCUUGUACAGCCAGUAUGUGAAUGAGUGGGCCAUCCCGCUCCACAGAGGCCCAGAAGCCCUCAUGCGUCUUGGGUCCUGGAUCAACAAACUCCAACCAGGAGACCCCUACUACGUCGACCAUGGCAUCCCGUUCUCUGCGGAAGGCCUCUACAUCCACUCUCCCGUCGAAGUGCGGGUGUGCGACGCCACUGUCCACACUAGCGCCGAGCAGCGUAAUCGCCCAUGGCUUGACAGCACCAUCAAGGAUGGCCCUACACUCAACCUGAACGCCACCAUGUACCGCCCCUACGACCUGGACCCUCCCGGUCUGAAGCGCUGGUUCGAGGGCUUUGAAUGGCUUAUGCGGGACUUGGGCGGCAAGCCUCACUGGGCAAAGAACUUUACAGUGAAGAACACUGAACUGGAGCAAUGGUAUGGGGAUGACUUGAAGCAGUGGCGACGGGUUCGUGACGAAGCGGACCCUGAUGGUUUGUUUGUUGGGCCCUGGCAUCGCCAGCACGUCCUGGAUCCCAACUCGCCUUCUCUGGAGUUUGAAGAGGUUGAGAGGACGAGACACGAUGCUGGCCGAGGUACUACAGUCUAUGGACUCCGCCCACAAGCAGAGAAAGCCUAA